CCGAGUCCCAGGAGCCCUUGGCCCACACAUCACUCUCGGCCUUUUGGAAUGCUUCAAAAUUUGUGGCUCAAAUUGGGGGACCCAGAGAAAAGAUAUUCCAUGGCUGGAGCACCUGGCGUGAAGGACAAGCUGAAUCUUAUCGUUGGCGGCGACAUCUGCGAGGUGUACCGCGAUGGCUUCAACUGCGGAUCCUUUGGCUUCUGGUGCGGGCUCGUGGGACUAGCCGUAUUUGUGCUUUUCCUGGCCUACUUUCAUAUGAACCGGGAUCGAAUAGAUCCAAUGGAAUAAGUCCCCUGAAUUGGCAAAAUACAUUUAUGGAUUAUUGUGAUAAAUAAAAAGUCAGUUUGAGCCACUGUAAUAAAGCUUACUAAUUAAACAGGAA